AUGUGGCAACUUGACGGCAUCGGCAUAAAAGAUGAAACCACCGUUCAAGAUGACGACAGAGUGCUCCAACAGUUCUUCAGCACGGUAUCGAAACAAAACGGCAGGUAUACUGUUGCGCUCCCAUGGAAAACGUCUGCGUCCGACUUACCUGACAACCGUGACAUUGCUGAACGUCGACUGAGGAGCUUAGUAAAACGACUGCACAAAGAGAGGAAACUUGAAGAAUACGACCGUGCUAUUCAGAAAUACAUGAGCGACGGUAUUGCUGAACAAGUAAGAGGGAAAAAAACGGGUGACCGGUUGUACUACAUGCCUCACCGUGCCGUAGUUCGGGAGGGAUCAACACCAACAAGAGUGAGAGUUGUUUUUGAUGCGUCUUCCCAUGCAGCAGGGUGCUGUUCGUUAAAUGACUGUCUCGAAACCGGACCGAAGAUAAACUGUGACCUUCUAUCGACGCUACUGCGCUUCCGCCUGAACAACGUGGCCUUAGUUGCCGAUAUUGAAAAGGCCUUUCUGCAAGUCGCCGUUAGAGGUGAAGACAGAGACGCUCUAAGGUUCCUUUGGUUUGAGCAGCCACCCACCUCAAGCGAUUGUCUACCUCCUAUUUGCGAAUGGAGGAUGACACGGGUGCCCUUUGGAACGUCGGCAAGUUCCUUUCUGCUAGGAGCUACGAUGCUUCAUCACCUCAGGAAUGUCUCCGGACCUGAACAAGAAGUUGCGCAAAUGAUGGCAGACUCGUUCUACGUUGAUGACCUGCUCACCGGCACCGAUACAGCAGAAGAGGCAAAAUGCAUCAUAAAGACCGCAACUGCCAUAAUGCGUGACGCUUGCAUGCCGUUAAAGAAAUGGGCAUCAAACUGUAGUGAAAUUCAAGAUCACGUCGAUAGCACGAAGUCGGGAGUUUCUCAACAUGAACUGAUUCGAGAUACCGAAGGUGACGAGACAGCUAGAGUACUCGGACUAACUUGGGACACCAGACUGGAUACACUGAAUUUCAAUGGACCGAACUAG